AUGGAUAGGAUAUUCUACAAUUCAAACAUACGAGAUCCAAUUACAAAUUUUCCAAUUUAUAUCUUUGAUACUUCAUAUUUACCAUCAACUGAGUUAAUAAAUUAUAAUGAAUUUAUACCAACAUUAAUGCAAAUUUUACCAACAAAACCUUAUGUAUUGGUGAUGUUUUCAAGUGGAUUAAACAAAGUAAGUUGGGUUUGGGGUUUGAAAUUUAUCAAAAAUUUUAUGAAUAAUAAUAAUAAUUUACAGAAUUUAAUUAAAAUUUUCACGGUUCAUGAAUCCUGGUUCAUCAAAUCUAUUACUUCAGUUAUUCAUAAUUUUCAAUCUACUAAACAAAAUAUUGAACAUAUAAAUAAUUUAUUAGAUUCUUUUACAAUUGAGUCAAAAAAGCUGUCAAAAACAUUUCAAACUGUUGUUAUACCGUGUUCAAAUUUAAGCGAAUUAAGUAAAUUUUUGAAUAUUACAAAUUUAAAAAUAUCAUUGAAUAUAUACAAAUAUGAUCUACAACUAGAAAAUGAAAUUAACUUAAAAAUCAAAUUCAAUCCAACAAUUAAUCCUCAUGUCACCUUAAAUUCAAAUAAUCAUCCUAUAUUAUAUCAUCACAUAUAUCAAUUACUAAACAUUAUUGAAUUAAACUGUUGCAAAACUGAACUCAUUUUUUAUAAACCUGGGAAAAAGGUAAAUAUUGAUAUUCUAUAUCAGUGCAUACUAAGAAAUCAAUUAAUAUCUAUAAAUGACUGGGACUUAUUUUGUAUCUCAGGCACUUUUAAAAGAAUAUUAUCAGAAAUACCACAUGCAUUAAUUUCAGUCAAUUCUAUUCCAUUACCUAUACAAGAUGAUUUUGAGUAUACUCAAUCAACAUUUAACAUAAUAAUAUCAUCACAUAGACAAUCACAAGAGACGGAAAAUUACGAUCAACUUUUGCUACAACUAUUUGACAUAUUCAACAAAUUGAUCGUUAAUGAAAGUAAAACAAAACACAAUAUAACAUCGAUAACGAAAUGCAUGAGCCAUUGCAUAUCACAAGAAGUAGUAUCAACAGAUAAAAGCUCAAUUUUAAUAAUACAAAGAUUUAUGAAAAACGUUCUACAAUACUGGGAUAAAUUACAUACAAAUCACUCAUACAAAUCUAUUCAAGAAAUAAUCAAAGUAGAAAGAUCCAAUCAAACCGAUUUUGAAAAAUCUUAUGAUAUAAGUUAUGACAUAACGUACGAAGAUGGAAGUGAUAGUAAUGACGAUGAUUCAAGAAUUAGUUUCAAUACUCAUUCAAUUUUAAAUUCAAAUUCAAAUUUAGCUCCAGAUGAAGGAUCAGAAGGAACUAACAGCACUGACACAGAGUGCGAAGAAUCAAAUCCAAAAUUACCUCCAAGACCACAAACAUUAGAAGAAGAACAACCACCGAAGACACCAAAAAGACCAAAAUCGUCAAAAGAAUUACCUAGUACCCCAAUUAGUCUACCAAAAGAAUCAUCUAAAACUCCUAGUAGACUACCUAAAGAAUUACCUACAUUACCACAACGAAGCAAACUUUCAGUACAAGAAAAAGAGGUUACGAAAUCACAACCAAUAUUGGUACAAUCUAAGGAAACAAAUCAACCUAGUUUAACUACAUCCAAGUCACUCACCACAAACAUUAAUAAUUCAUCACAAGAAGACAAAGAAAACAUAGAAGAAUCUCACUCAUCAACAACAAUUCUUAACCAAACAAAUUUAAAACGUCAAAAUGAAAAACCUUUAAAUAACGUAUCAAAUUUACAAUUUUUACAAUAUCCACCACAAAAAUAUCAUUUCACUCCAACAAUUCCGAAAAGCAAAAAUGUAGUACUUGAAGAAGAAGUUGAAGUAGCCGUUAAUAAGAAGCCAGUUAUACGUGGACGUAAAGUUGGUCAAUUGGCUAAAUUAUUUGAAGAAAGGAAUGAAGGGUUUAAGAUUUUGAAUAAUUUAUAG